AAUCACACACAAGAAAAAAGUAAAGAAAGAGAAGCUUAAUUAGCAUUUUCAAAACAUGGCUUCAAAGAACAUCACCAUAGCUCUCUUCCUCACCAUCAACCUCGUCUUCUUCGGCUUUACCAUGGCCCAAGCUCCCGGACCUCAAGCUCCGAUAUGUCCCAGAAGCUCCACCCAGGUCCAAGCUUGUGUCAACAGGCUUACCUCUAUCGUGGGCCUUAACGUUCUACCGCUGACGCAAUGCUGUUCUCUAGUGGCUGGACUUGCCCCCUCUGUGGCCUCUGUCUGCAUCUGCAAUUCCUUAAAACUGUCAGUUCUCGACAUUCUGGGUAUCACUGUGACACUUGGUCAGGUUCUUGGGUCCUGCGGUGUUUCUCCCCCAGCUGGUUUCAUAUGCGCCUAAUUCUCUCUUAUAAGACACCUGUUCCGUCGGAUAAUAGUGGUGCAAGUAUGCUUCUCUAAUAAUUAUUUGUGUGUUAGCAAUAUCUAUAUGUUGUUGAAAAUAAAGUGAAACAUUUGUACUGUUUUUA